UUUUUGUCACAAUCACCUUCGACCGUGCAUGCCAGAAGAUUCAAGAACGCACUCGAAAUUCAAAUGCUUAUCGUUUAACGCUUGCAACAAAUAUUGCCUCGAGGCGUUAUUGGCUAUUUUAUAUAAAUGAUGUGGGUCUCUUAACUUACUUCGCUUCAACCGCUAUUCACAAUGACCAAACGCAAUUCAUCGAGGAAUUCGACUCAACAAACCCGCACAUCUAGCGAAGCAUUAGCUCCUGGAGGCUCGGUGCGUGGCUUAUCGCACCGACCCCGUGGCAGAGUUGGUCGGUUUCUGAAGAAGGUUAAGGACAAGUUAAGGAUCUCGCGCUCGAAGGAUUCACGCAGCCGCAGCCCCGUUCCCCCGAAUGUUAAUCAUGAAGGUGCUUCAUCGACCUCGGCGGCUUCAUCUGCUGUGGAAGUGACUGAUACCCAAUUGGAACUUCGGGAUGCACAAGAGUCUACAAAGCGCAUGCAUCCGCUUGCGGGACCUGUGAUUACUGUGGCGUCUGUUGGCCAAGGCGGACAAGAGGAUCUCGAUGCUGUUGACAAUUUCCAGGACACAUAUCUUGAACCCCUCAGAAUAUUUGACAAUGUUAUCGGCAAGAUCGCAGAUUUACAUCCAUAUGCAAAGAUGGCACUAGGCGUGUUGUCUUGCGCGCCAAAAUUAUUCUAGCCCAAGCGGAUCGCGACGCAGCGGUAUUCAAACUUCUCAAGAAGAUAUGUGAUGUUUACCGCUUCAUAACACGAGACGACAUGCUUGGACAACUCUCGUCGAUGCGCAACAUCCUUGGCAAGAUUUCUCAGCAGACCCGUGAAUGUGCCCAUUUUAUCAAAAAUUAUUCG